AUGUCUACGACUUUGGGAGAAUCCGACGUGAACGUGAAGGUCAAGGCGCGCUACGGCGCGGCAUCAUUCGCGAGUCGCGACGAACCACGCGUCGCGAUCUCUUUCCUUCUACCACCAUUACCCAACCUCUUGCUCCAUCUUCUCACCCUGAAGGACCUAUCUAAGCGACUGGAGGAAGACGCAGCCCGCUCUGUGGAACUUCGCACGAGGGCUACGGACCAGGCGAACAUUCACACCUGCCUGCUUGCACCUGUACGCCGACUGCCCGUCGAGACUUUGACGCAGAUAUUCGAACAAGCCGUUCCUGUCGAUUGGCGACACCACAGCAUCGGUACGAAGACACUCAACUUCGCCCAAGUCUGCUAUAGAUGGAGGAUGGUGGCUCUGGGGACCGCAAAGCUGUGGACACAUAUCAACGUUGACGCGAAAUGCCCCACGCACGGGUGGAAGGACGCGGCGCUCGCAUUCCUGCAACGGUCUUAUCCUGCACCUCUCGCCAUCAGCUUCGAUCUCUUCACGAGGGUCGGCUGGUACAAGACGUUCGAGGAUGUUUACCUGCACGACGAGUUCUGGAGCGAUCAGGUUUGGUCGGCUAUGUGUGCGCAGGCAGGGCGAUGGAAAUACGUUGCAUUCAAGCACAUGCCACCCCGUGCCCUGCAUCAGCGACAGCCUCCUCUAACGCUUUCCGUCCUUGAGCGACUGGCUAUCACCUCCCAUGAGACAGACGGGAUCGCACUGGGCUUCUUCGAGGGUGCCCACAACGUACAGCGCCUGUCCAUCGACUACCACCACAUGCCUACCCCGUUGGUCCUUCCAACGGCAUGGAAACUCACGGAUCUGACUAUCAGAUGCGGAGAGGGUGCACUCGGCAACGUCAGGGCCAGUCUUGGUCCAUGUCUCCAAGCCAUAGCCGCGUGCAGUCCUACGUUGGAAUACUGCCACAUAACAGCCAUCGGGUUCAACGCUCGUCAUUGUGGCACCGAGAAGCCGACGGCGUAUCCUGCUCUCAAGGAGCUCAUCCUCGUCGGUGCUGCUCACUUCCUGACCCUCAUCACCGCGCCGAGCCUCGUCGGUGUGCACCUCGAUACCACAUCCGUACCACAGGCCAACUCCUGGAAUGACCUCCCCGCCUUUGAGGAUAUGGUCGUGCGGUCGUCUGGAUGCCCUAACCUACGCGUCCUCACGCUCACCAACGUUCAGCAAUCGGUGCAUAAUUUGGUUCGUUGCCUCAGGCGUCUUCCGUCGCUCACCUCUCUAUCGAUCACGGACAACGAGGGCCUCGAAUACCCCGGGGCGCACGCGUUGGUGCAGGAGGAGCUGGUGCGGGCAUUGACGCGUACGAAGCGGUCGAAAGAGAGCCUCCUUCUCCUCCCAAGUCUCAAAGACCUCUCGCUCUUCUACCAUCGCUCGCUCUACGAGGAGGAAGACGAAGACGAGCUCCAGUACUACGACCCGGACAAAUACAUGCGGAGGGCCAUGAACAGGAUGGAGGGUUCGCGUUCUCGGCGCAUAGUCGGAAAGGGCCUCGUGCUCGAAGCGCUGGAACAUAUUGAGACGGACUGUCGGGACUUCUGGGACGGGGAACUGGAAAAGCUCGAAGAUUGAUCCGUACGCUAGCUUCAAC